AAAGGGUAAUGGUCGGCUUAAGUUGUUAGGAAUCCCAUAAAAAAGUCCACCCCGCUCUUCAAUUCUCUUAUUUUUGAGGAUUAGCGAAUUUGGGAAUUAGGGUUUUCUCUGAAAUUUUAGAAAACCAGAAAAAAUCGAAGAUGAUCGAGGUGGUGUUGAAUGAUCGACUAGGGAAGAAGGUGCGCGUGAAGUGCAACGAAGAUGACACGAUCGGAGACCUGAAGAAGCUGGUGGCGGCACAAACCGGUACCCGAGCCGACAAGAUCCGGAUCCAGAAGUGGUAUACGGUUUAUAAGGAUCAUAUUACCCUCAAAGAUUACGAGAUCCACGACGGCUUGGGUCUCGAACUUUACUAUAAUUAAAAUUUUAUAAUUAUUAGUAUUUUAUCUAUGUUAUUCUUGAAUGAUUUUUGUCUGAACAAGGUUUAGUUUUAUGUGUGGAUGUAUGAUAAUUGUGGAUGAUGGUUCUUCCCCAUGUCUCAAGUUUGAUAAGAGUUUAUAUAAUCAAAGCUUUGAAUA